AUGGACAAGCUCAAAUCUUUGUCGGAUACUUACUAUACCAAGACAAAAUCGGGCAACCCUACCUCAGACUACCCCACCGUUCUUGCAGCCAUCGAAGACGCAUGUCGGAUCAAGCCAAAGAAUGAGCAUCCGCUCAGCAUCCUCCAUACCAAAGCGACUCCCCUCCUCAAGAGCAGUUGCGGCGCCCAGAUCUCCAAGCUGGCUGCAUGUGUGAACAACUAUCUUUUCCACGCUGCCAGCAAGGUCGACACGAGCGCCGACGCAGAUAUGCUUUUGACUGGUUCAGCCAAGGACAUCACAUUCAAGUACUUCCUCAUCCACCGAUACAGCCUCAUCCACGCGGCAAAUCUCUUCGAAGACGACACCUCCUUGCUCCUCCUCGCUCUCGUCUUCCAAAAGGCAAGCACCGUAAAAGAGCUGCUAGCUGUGAGUGGUGCGGAAUUCACCGACAAGGACCUAGAUUCCAUGGUAUUGCGUCACCUGAAACUCUACCAACAACAAUAUGGAGGAAAUGGCUGGGAUGAGGCGUUCGAAGAGCUCCGCGAAACCAUGGGCAGUAGGUGGCAUUCAAGCCUGGCCACGGCCUACAAGGGCUAUCACGCGUCUGGCACAUACCACAGCCUCUCCAUCAGAUGA